AUGGAAUUAACAUUUCAUCAGAUCCAAUUAAACACGCAGCGACGGCGAUGGGACACGGUUUACGGUUACUCCGUUCCAGGCAGCCCACAGGGUUCCACCGCCGGUGAAACGGGCCCGCCGGUAUCCCCGCCCGCUCGGGAGGGAGGAAAUUUUCGGUACCGGGCAAGAAAUAAGCGGAGGGAUGAAAUCGUUUGCGUUGCGUUCCUCGCCGUUGCCCGGCGGAGACUGAGCUCGGCCCGGCUCUAUGGGAACCCUCCUCUCCCCAAGGAGACUGUCAUCCGCAGCAACGCGCCGAGCGUCUGUCGCAUCGAUUGCUCGGCUCUCGGCGGCGCUGCCUGGGCCUCAGGCCGCACUCGGCGGUGGUUUGCUGCUGCCUGCCCGCCGCCCAGGAAGGCGCUGCGCUCAAACCGGCAGCCGGGGCCCGGCCGCUCCUUUGCUCCCCCGGCUCGCUCCGGCCUCUCCACCCCUCAGAUGGGGCGCCGCUCCUCGGACACGGAGGAGGAGAGCCGGAGCAGGCGGAAGAAGAAGCACCGCCGGCGGUCGUCCUCCAGCAGCUCCUCGGACAGCAGGAGCUACGGCCGCAAGAAGGCAGGCAGGAAGUCCAGGUCCGGCUCCCGCGGCAGAGAGCUGCAGCCUCGCUCACACUCCUACGAGAAGAGACGCAGACACAGAUCCAGCAGCAGCUCUUCCUACGGCUCCAGGAGGAAGCGCAGCCGCAGCAGGUCGAGGGGCAGGGGCAAAUCCUACAGGUCCCAGAGAUCAAGAUCAAAAAGCAGGACAAGAAGGUCCCGCUCGCGGCCGCGGCAGCGCUCCUACAGCCGCAGCAGCGAGAGGUCGGCGCGCCGGAGGACGCGCAGCAGCUCCCGGGAGCGGCGCAAGGGCAAGGAGAAGGGCAAGGAGAAGGCCAAAGGAAAGGAGAAGGAGACCCAUGGCCUGAAGCAGGGGGACCCUGGCAACAUCAAAGCUGGAUUAGAACAUCUGACUCCUGCUGAACAGGCCAAGGCUCGACUGCAGCUGGUUCUGGAGGCAGCUGCUAAAGCUGAUGAAGCAUUGAAGGCUAAAGAGAGAAGUGAGGAAGAAGCCAAGAAGAGGAAGGAAGAAGACCAAGCCACCCUGGUGGAGCAAGUGAAGCGAGUCAAGGAAAUUGAGGCGAUUGAAAGCGACUCCUUUGUUCCCCAGACCUUCAGAUCCACUAAAGAAGUCAGGAAGUCAACAGAACCUGCUGAGCCCCAGUAUGAGCCUGCAAGCAUUGGGCUGGGCACUGCUGAGCCCCCUGCUCCUGACAAAGAGCCUCCAGCAGCCAACAUCCCUACUGCCAUCAAGUAUCAAGAUGAUAACUCCUUGGCACACCCAAAUCUGUUCAUGGAGAAGGCAGAAGCAGAGGAGAAGUGGUUCCAGAGGCUGGUGGCGCUGCGGCAGGAGAGGCUGAUGGGCAGCCCGGUGGCCUAGCCAGCACCUCCCCCAGCUCC